AUGUCUAACAAUAUAAAAACGUAUCUUGCCUAUUUCUGCUUACUCGUAAUAUCGAUAACGGGAUUUAUUCCCCAUCCUUCGGUUCGUCUUGGUGGUCAAGCUGGAGAAAGUAUUACCCACACAGAAAUAACACAACAAGCAUUUAUUCGUAGCCUAGCACGUUAUUUUCUUGAUACACAUGCUAUUCGAACUCAAGAAAUCAAUCACAGUCACGAAUAUACUAUUGAUGAACUCUAUCAUCUGGCCUAUCCUCAUUGGACUACGAAACAAGUACGACAGCGUUCAUAUCCAUUAAAAUCUAUCCUUGAUACAAUCCUAGUAGAGAAUGGUUUAGUUGAUUUUGAUGCCUGGACAAAAAAACUGCCAGCAGCUCAUUUCGACAGUGAAGCAUUCAGCAAUGGUAGUCGACGCAUUCUUGAAUUACGACGGCAGAUCAUCAAUGAUACACGUACGAAGGCGAAAAUUUUAACAGAAGCUCGCAAAUGUCUUGGACAGCUACUGCAUACAUUGCAAGACUUUUAUUCGCACUCAAACUGGAUUGAACUUGGUAAAACAGACAUCAACGAUCGAUUAGGUAUUCAUGAAAAUAUCGGACCAGUUGCUGCAUCCAAUCAAUCAACUUGCACUAGUAGUGGCUGCACGAAAAUUCGCGUACGAUGUAGUCUUUAUCAGAAGAUUACAUUGAAUAAAUGCCCAUUGGAAUACUAUGAAUGUAAAAAUAAUAUCCAACCAGAAAUUAUUGCUCAAGGUUUACUUACAAGCGGCUAUUCGAGCAAUCAACACAAUGAAAACAAUGAUUCGAUCACUAAACCGAUCAAUGUCGAGAAGUGUUCGCAUGGUUCAGUAAUGGAUAUUACUUCUCAUCAACCGGCUGUUGGUGGAAUCAAUAAAGAUACGACUAUUCCACUGUAUUCGCCUCAUUUUGAUCUUCACUACGAAGCGGCCAAUCUAGCAGUGAUUGCUACUGAACAGUUUCUUAAUGAUCUUCGUCGCGAUUUGGGCAACGAUGAUUUCGAUCGUCUAUUUGCUAUUCAUCCGACAGUAGAAGAAUUACAUGCAGCAUCGAAAGCUAUUGCUCACAUGCGUAAAUGGCAAUUUUUUUCUUCAUCGAUCUCGAGCGGUUUGAGUUUAACCGCUCGGCUAAUGAAAAAUUUUAGGCAGUCUGUCAAAGAAAGACUGAAAAAAAUUAAAUGGAAUCUAUUCGGUAACUCCAAGGAUAUACUCAAAGAAGAUUUCGUAUUUCGACGUCGUCGAAAGCGAGACUUGAUCCUAAGACGACGACAACAACUGCAUUAA